AUGCCUGCCCCUACAGCUUUACGCGGCGAAAAGGCCGAGUCGCCGGCUCCUGCCACUCAGCCCGAGAAUGCAGGCGACGACGAGUUUAUGCUCGAUCUCGAGUCCGCUCCUCCCCUGAAGAUGACGCCCGAGGACCAGCAGCCGUCGGCGAGACACCUGGUUCACAUCGAGACCCGCAAGGUGCCCAUCCCGCCGCACCGAUUCUCUCCGAUCAAGGCCUCCUGGCCCAAGAUUUAUACCCCGCUAUGCGAGCAUCUGCACCUGCAGGUCAGGAUGAACAUGAAGAACAAGGCUGUGGAGCUGCGUAACUCGCGUUUCACCACCGACACGGGCGCUCUGCAGAAGGGCGAGGAUUUCAUCCGUGCUUUGGCGUACGGGUUUGACGUGGACGAUGCGAUUGCCCUGCUGCGACUUGACGAUCUGUACAUGGAGACGUUCGAGAUCAAGGAUAUCAAAACUCUCCAAGGAGACCACCUCUCCCGUGCGAUCGGCCGUAUCGCUGGAAAAGACGGCAAGACGCGAUUUGCGAUCGAGAACGCCACCCGGACCCGCGUCGUGGUCGCCGGAUCGAAGAUUCACAUCCUGGGUGGGUUCCAGGACAUGAAGAUGGCACGGGAGGCGAUCGUCAGUCUGGUUCUGGGCGCCCAGCCGGGCAAGGUGUACCAGGAUCUGCGGACGAUUGCUGCGCGAAGGAAAAUGAGAAUGUAA